UGAAAAGGUCUGAGAAGUUGAAUUAUUUUUCUUACAAUCCAAACAAACGUGAUGUAAUUGUGCGUAAUAAAUUCAAAGCCAUUCAUGCUCAAUUUAUCGUUUUCAUGAAGCAAAAGAGGAAGAUUGAUGAGGUUGGAGCGUAUUACUCAACAGUGUAGAAGUCUCUUUCCCAAGGCCAUAUCCGACAAGGAUUCACCUCUCCGUUGCCUCAUUUGAAGUAAGCAAUCCAAGUCUCCUCGUUUAACUAUUGAGUGGAAAAUUGGAAAGUAGUUUACCAGAAAAACACACUAUGAAACAAAUUCCAUGAGAAGAAGAUAGUGGCUUCAAUCUUCAGAUUCAUCUUUGUUUAAUUUUGGUUGCAAGUUUCGAGCUUCAGGGUUCAUGGGUCAGCUUCAGAAAUCAGGUGGGUUCACGUGUUGCUGAUCCAUGUCUUGCAAAUUUGAUGGUCAGUUACACACUCGCAACUCUGUCAGUUUCUUUUGGUUAUUUAUUCGGUCUUUUUGGAGCUCUGUGUUCUGUUUUGGUUUGGGGGUUUGAGGUUUUAUCCCCUCAGGUAUGAACGUUUCAGGUAUGGGUUGGAAGAAACGGUUUUGAUUACUUGAAUUCUGUGUGAGGGUUGAAGAAUUUGAGUAAUGGGUCACUGGUGAUUUUGGCGUAUCUAUCUGGGUUUUGUUUCUUGAGGGCCCAAAGGGGCUUAUGGAGGUACUGAAGAGAACGGAGAUAUAAGUUGCUGCUUAGUGGAAUUAGGCAAUGCAAAGCGAUUCUGUGGAUGCGUCUCAAUAGAUUUGGAAGUUAUGCAAUCUGGGUUUGUAUGAUUUGACUAUCUGGGUAGUAGUUCUUCAUUGUUUAUGGAGGGACUUUUUGGAGGCAAUAAGGAGAACCCACUUUAUUGAUGUUCUUGGAGAAUCCGUUUUUGUUGACCCUUUUCUUUCCCUUUACUUUGGUGCCUUUAUCUGUUGAGAAUCGAAUCAUGCGUACUCUGUGAAUUAUCAACUUCCUUUUAUCGAGCUUUGAAUGGCUACAUGGGCUCUGGCGAUAAAGGAAAGGGAUUUCUUUUAUGUUUUGUGGUGGGUUUCACUAUUACCCCUUUCAUGAUGAUUCCUGGGUCCCGUAGAUUCUACUUGAUAGAGAGGAACUAAUUUGUUUGGGCUUUGGAUUUGAUUUUGGUUUUUCUCUUCUGUGAUAUUCUUCUGUUUUUUUUUUCUUCUUGGAGUAUAUACUUUGGGAUUUUAUGGUGGAAGGUUUCGUAUUACUACUCCAGUUUCAUGGAUCAGAUUGAUUAAAGGAGCUGGUGGGAGAAGAAAAGAUGUCCUCAAAGUCUACUAACAAGACGAAUUGUUCUAGGAGCAGCUCUGCUCGAUCAAAACAUGGCGCCCGUGUGGUGGCACAGACCCCAAUUGAUGCCCAGCUUCAUGUGAACUUUGAGGAGUCUGAACGUCAUUUUGAUUACUCUGCUUCAGUUGACUUCAAUAUCUCAAGUUCCACUAGUGAUGUCCCCUCUUCUACGGUCUCAGCUUACCUCCAAAAGAUGCAGAGGGGAAACCUGAUCCAACCAUUUGGCUGCAUGAUUGCAGUUGAUGAGCAGAAUCUCACAGUUCUUGCCUACAGCGAAAAUGCCCCUGAAAUGUUGGACUUAGCCCCACAUGCUGUUCCAAGCAUUGAGCAGCAAGAGGCCUUGGCAAUUGGAACAGAUGUUCGGACACUCUUUCGAUCCUCGGGGGCAGCUGCCUUGCAGAAAGCAGCCAAUUUUGGGGAAGUCAAUCUCCUCAAUCCCAUAUUGGUCCAUUGUAGAAACUCCGGUAAGCCCUUCUAUGCAAUUCUGCACCGAAUUGAUGUAGGGUUAAUUAUAGAUUUGGAGCCAGUGAAUCCAGCUGAUGUCCCAGUUACAGCGGCUGGGGCAUUAAAGUCAUAUAAGCUUGCUGCCAAAGCCAUUUCAAGAUUGCAAUCUUUGCCAAGUGGGAAUAUAUCACUGUUAUGUGACGUGUUAGUCAAGGAAGCGAGUGAAUUAACGGGUUAUGAUCGAGUGAUGGUGUAUAAAUUUCAUGAGGAUGAGCAUGGGGAAGUUAUUGCAGAGUGCCGCAAACCCGACUUGGAACCCUAUCUUGGUUUGCAUUACCCAGCUACUGAUAUACCACAAGCUUCAAGAUUCCUCUUCAUGAAAAAUAAGGUUAGGAUGAUAUGUGAUUGUUUGGCCCCGCCUGUUAAAGUUAUUCAAAACAAAAGAUUAGCUCAGCCAUUGAGCCUCUGUGGAUCCACAUUGAGAUCUCCUCAUGGGUGUCAUGCACAGUACAUGGCGAAUAUGGGUUCGGUUGCAUCGCUUGUGAUGUCUGUGACCAUCAAUGAGGAAGAUGAUGAUACAGAGAGUGAGCAACAAAAGGGAAGAAAAUUGUGGGGCUUGGUGGUUUGCCAUAAUACAAGCCCUAGGUUUGUUCCGUUCCCUUUGAGGUAUGCCUGUGAGUUUUUGGUUCAAGUUUUUGGUGUACAAAUUAGCAAGGAAAUGGAGCUAGCUGCCCAAAUGAAGGAGAAGCAUAUUUUGCAGACACAAACCGUGCUUUGCGACAUGCUCCUUAGAGAUGCACCUGUAGGAAUUGUUACUCAAUCACCCAAUGUGAUGGACCUGGUUAGGUGUGAUGGAGCUGCGCUCUACUACCAGAAGAAAUUUUGGUUGCUUGGGGUCACCCCUACAGAGGCACAGAUUAGAGAUAUAGUUGAGUGGCUUCUUGAGUACCACAGUGGGAGUACAGGCUUAAGUACUGAUAGCCUGAUGGAAGCUGGCUACCCAGCUGCCUCAGUUCUUGGUGAUGCAGUUUGUGGGAUUGCUGCCGUUAAGAUUAAUUCAAACGAUUUCCUUUUUUGGUUCCGGUCCCACACGGCAAAGGAGAUUAAGUGGGGUGGUGCAAAACAUGAUCCUGAUGAUAAGGAUGAUGGGAGAAAGAUGCACCCUAGAUCCUCAUUCAAGGCUUUUCUGGAGGUGGUAAAGCGGCGGAGCCUACCUUGGGAAGAUGUGGAAAUGGAUGCCAUCCAUUCCUUGCAGCUGAUAUUGAGAGGCUCCUUGCAGGAUAAGAGCGCAGAUGACUCUAAAAUGAUUGUGAAUGUUCCAUCAGUUGAUGCCAGCAUAAAAAUGGCUGAUGACUUGCGCAUAGUCACAAAUGAAAUGGUUCGUCUUAUUGAAACAGCUUCUGUUCCCAUCCUGGCUGUUGAUGCCGCUGGUUGCAUAAAUGGGUGGAAUAACAAAGCGGCCGAGCUAACAGGAUUGAUCAUGCAGCAAGCCAUUGGCAUGCCCUUAAUUAAUCUUGUUGAGAAUGAUUCAGCCGACAUGGUGAAGAAGAUGCUCUCCAUGGCAUUGCAAGGUAUAGAAGAGCAAAAUGUUGAGAUCAAACUCAAGACAUUUGGUCCCCAGGAAAACAAUGGCCCUGUUAUAUUGGUAGUUAAUGCAUGUUGUAGCCGAGACAUAAAGGAUAAUGUCGUAGGGGUUUGCUUCGUUGGGCAAGAUAUCACAGGGCAAAAGAUGGUUAUGGACAAAUAUACUCGUAUCCAAGGUGAUUAUGUUGGAAUUGUGCGGAACCCAUCUGCACUAAUUCCUCCCAUUUUUAUGAUGGACGAGCAUGGUCGAUGCUUGGAAUGGAAUGAUGCAAUGCAAAACUUGUCUGGUCUGAAGAGAGAAGAAGCCACUGAUAGGAUGCUUCUCGGGGAGGUUUUUACGGUCAAUAAUUUUGGUUGUCAGGUUAAAGAUCAUGACACAUUAACCAAGCUCAGGAUAUUACUAAAUGGAGCCAUUGCAGGUCAGGAUGCACAGAAAUUGUUAUUUGGGUUCUUUGAUCAGCACGGUAAAUACAUUGAAGCAUUACUUUCUGCAAACAAAAGGACUGAUGCAGAGGGAAAGAUCACUGGGGUUUUGUGUUUUUUGCACGUGGCUAGUCCUGAACUUCAACACGCCAUGCAGGUGCAGAGAAUAUCGGAACAGGCUGCAGCUGAUAGCCUCAAGAAAUUGGCAUAUAUUCGUCAGCAGAUCAGGAAGCCUUUAAAUGGAAUAAUGUUCAUUCAGAAUCUGAUGGACUCAUCUGAGCUAAGUCAAGACCAGAAAAAAUUCCUGAGGACAAGCAUGAUGUGUCAAGAACAAUUAACAAAGAUCGUUGAUGACACUGAUCUCGAGAGCAUUGAGGAAUGCUAUAUGGAAUUGAAUUCUGGUGAGUUUAACCUAGGGGAAGUUUUGGAGGUUGUCAUAAGUCAAGCGAUGAUUCUGAGCCGGGAGCGUCGGGUGGAGAUCAUCUAUGAUUCACCUGCUGAAGUGUCGUCCAUGCUUUUGUAUGGUGACAACUUGAGGCUUCAACAAGUCCUUUCAGAUUUCUUAACAAAUGCGCUUCUCUUCACCCCUGCAUUUGAAGGAUCAUCAGUUGCACUCAGAGUAAUUCCAAGAAGGGAGUGUAUAGGGACAAAGGUUCACAUUGUACAUCUUGAAUUUCGGAUUGCCCAUCCAGCACCUGGGAUCCCAGAAGACUUGAUCCAACAGAUGUUUCACCACAGCCAGGGUGUAUCAAGGGAAGGUCUUGGCCUAUACAUCAACCAAAAGCUUGUGAAGAUCAUGAACGGCACGGUUCAGUAUCUCAGAGAGGCACAGGGAUCAUCCUUCAUCAUUCUCAUAGAGUUCCCAUUGGCUCACUAGAACAACAGCCAAUGAAUCCAGUGAGAGCUUGACACUGAGACUUCAACAAUCUGCACAGCCACCUUCACAAGAACCCUACUCAAUGGCAUCUUGUGUUGGCAAAAUGAGUUCCGAAACAGCCCAGGAUUGGACUGGACGACCCUUUGAAGGCUGUAAGUUGCUGGAGUAUCUGCAACUCAGGUUGGCAUAUUGGUUAAUCAUGGAUUGAAAAUCAGGGGCUGUUCGCUGAAUUGCUCGAAGGAUUAUGCAAAUGAAGAACACCCCUAAGUUGAGUGUAAAAUUUUCAUGGCUUCCCACCUUCUGUACUUUAUUUUUCUACUCUUUGUAUCAUCAUUCUUAGGUUUCAUUGUAUGUUUUCCUCGUAAAGACUCAAUUCAUAUAACUUUCAUACACUGGAAGAAACAGUGCCAGGCAAGUGAACAUUGUAUAGAGAAACCUCUUGAUCAACGCUUUAGUAAAGUUUUCCUAAACUUGGAUAAA